AUGGCGUCCUUGGAAAUAAAAUCUGGUACAUUGGUUUCUUUAGAAGACCUUCACCCAUCAUCUCCGUUUUUUAAGCAAGGAGCUUCGGUCAGAGUAACUGGAAAGUUACGUGAAUUCUUUAUAGAGACAGGACUAGCAACAAUUAUUGAUGGUGAUUGCACUCUAAAAAUUAGUACCGAACAUCUGAGGGACCUUACUUUUCAAGUUGGCUCUGUCUACCAGUUCAUUGGUGAACUCUUUAUCCAACCAGAUAAUGAGGUAGUUUUGCAAGCACGUGUUGGUAGAAAUGUUGAUGGGAUCGAUCUCAAUCUUUACCAUCAGUCCCUUCUGCUUUUAAGACAGUUUCAAGCCAAUCAUUUAAACAAUCCAGAAACUACGUAG